CGCUCACAGUGAAAAUUAACUUCCUGUCACAGAAUUGGGCACAUAAGGAUGUUUUGAUUUAUUGCGACUUGUUGUACAUUUAUAUCUCUCGGUGUAAAUACGUUUUGAAGCUAAUAUUUCCUAAAUAUUUCACAAUAUUGCCUUUUAAACAGUUUUGUGCCUGCUCUUUGUCUUUUAAGCUACAUCUAUCCCCUGUACCGAUAGGCUAGCUAGCUGUUGUUGCUAAUUUCAGGCAACCCCAUAGAUGCAUUUUGCUAGCAGGUAGGGCAAAAGACUAUCGACCAACCGAUUUGGUGUUUGUUGACAAAGUGUAUAUAUUUUGUAAGUCUACGUGGAUACUUUCCCAUAUUAGCAAAGCCAAAUAAUGAGUGCAGAACACUCGAACCCAGCCGCCACACCCACUCCCUGUGAAGACACUCAGGGAGAUGGACGAUGGAUGUCCUUGCACGAUGGCUUUGUAUCAUACAGCAAAGACAAAGAACCCGAUGUCCUGUUUGUGGGAGACUCACUCGUUCAACUCAUGCAUCAAUUUGGGAUUUGGCGGCAGUUGUUCUCUCCUCUCCACUGCCUUAACUUUGGGGUCGGUGGUGAYGCAACACAGCAUGUGUUAUGGAGACUGAGCAACGGUGAACUGGAUAACAUUAGCCCAAAGGUCGUAGUGCUGUGGGUUGGAACGAACAAUCACGGUCACACACCUGAACAGAUCUGUGGUGGAAUCAUGGCUAUCGUUCAGCUCAUUCACAACAAGCUCCCCAAUGCUCACACACUUGUACUUGGUUUACUGCCCAGAGGUAAAAUGCCCAACCCUCUGCGAGAGCGAAACGCSAAGGUGAACAAGCUGGUCCAGGAUGCCUUAUCAUCUGUUCCCCAUGGCUCCUUCCUGAACGUGGACCCCGGCUUUGUCCUUUCGGACGGCAGCAUCUCCCACCAGGACAUGUACGACUACCUUCACCUGACCUCUCACGGCUACCAGGCUGUGUGUGAACCCCUGCACGCCCAUAUCAAAUCUCUGUUAGAAAAACCUGAUGAGAACUGAGUGCCAAGGUUACAAAAACGUCAUGUAUACACUACAGCAGUGGUCCUUUCCCCUGAUUCCAGAGAUCACUGCCUUGAGCUUUUUAAGACUUUGCAUYGUGAAAAAGGGGAUUAGGUGUUAAGUGCAGCACUUAAACUGUGCAAGUCUUCUCUAAAACCAGGGUUGGUGACCACUGUUGCUGAUAAUGGGACCAGAAGGUUUUUGUGUGUUUACGGUAGUCAAAAAUGAAAUGUGUUUGUGCUAGAGAGAGACAUUGUCCUCCUUGAGUGUUCUGUCUUCUGUUCCCCAUUUUUUCAWAAAAUGUUUCAUGUUUUAAAAUUUCAUUUGAAACAACAGAUGAAUAUGAUAAGAGCAUCUCCUGGAUAUCAAUGAAAGCAGAGUUUAAAAAAACACAUUACAACAGUUCAGACCUUGAGAGGUUAUGAAYAAAUAUUUUAUGCAGCAGCUUUUAAGUUUAUUGAAUCUGUAGGUCUCACYGUUGCUUAUCACAAUCACAGCUUUGUUCAUAGUCACACGCAGUAAAUAUAUUCUCUUCAGCCAAAACUUAUAUAUUUAAACUUCUGUCUUGUGAUAUUGACUUCAUAAAGACACUGAUGAAGAAAACCCACCAAUAUACUGUCUUACAAACAAAAUUAGACAAAGGUGUAGUCAGAAAAUGGUUUUGGACACAGAUUUGUGUCAGAGUCUGCUUUGUACUUGACAAAUGUAGCUGCCCUUGUCAUAUUUUGGUUGUUUCUUUGUYGGAACUAUAGAACAACUCACUUAUUUGUUAUCAGACCUUUUUCUUGGAAGUCAUUUUGGCUUUUACAGGAAAAGUUAAGAUGAAAUUGUAAAUAUUGUUUAUUAAGUUUCACUAUAGCCCAGGAACGUUCCAGUAAGAAAGCUUCUAUAAAAUCAAAGUGAGGUCCAAGUCAUCAAACUUAAYGUCACCAAUAAUACUAAUUCUGCCUUUUUUUCCCUGCUGUGUCUAUUGUGAAAAAAUAUAUUCAUUUGGAUUUUUUGUUGGUUUUUUUGUAUGUGGUAACAUUAAUGACCAAAGGUAUUGAUUUUGUUUACAUGAUAAAAAUUUUGACCUGUCUACUUGCUUUCCACCAUGUUAUGUUAUUGCUUUUAUCUUUUCCCGUCGCCUGUUGUAACUGUGGUAGAGUUUUAUGUUUUCUUUUUGCAAGUAUACAUGUAUCUGAUUAGAUUGUGUUCAUCUAGUUGCUUGUGCUUCAGAUUAGAUCGUUUCGGCAGCAUAAGGGCUCAUACUGUGAUUUAAAAUGUUUUACUUCACACUAACACGCUCGAGAGCCUCUUGGAUGUUGAUUGUGUCACGGGAAUUUGAAAUGGUCCAGGAUGAAUAUUUGUGUAAGUGAUGAUAGAAACACAUUAAAUUGCAAACAAGGUGG